UACAGACUACAGUAAUUUAAUUCGUAAACAAAGUGAUAAAAAAACGCAAAUAAAUCCGCGAACCGCCAAGCUUAGCUGAUUCGGUCAAAUUGAUAUAGAUAAACAGUGUUUAUAGUACGUUAAUUGCUUUCAAUAUUGCAUAUUAUUUAAAAUUAUAAAUUACUAUAUUUUGUGUGUUGUGAAAAAACAAUCAAUAGAAUGGGCAACAUACACACAGUAGGUCCUAAUGAGGCGCUGAUUGUUUCAGGUGGCUGUUUCGGUUCUACUCAAAAGCGAACGAUCGUUGGUGGCUGGGCAUGGGCGUGGUGUUUCGUUACAGACGUACAACGUAUAUCCCUUGAGGUUAUGACUCUUAACCCCAUGUGUGAGUACGUGGAGACGGCCCAAGGUGUUCCAUUGACGGUGACUGGUGUCGCCCAAUGCAAGAUCAUGAAUGAAGACGAGCUUUUAACUACCGCCUGCGAACAGUUCCUUGGCAAAUCCGUGAAGGAGAUCAAAAUGACAAUCCUCCAAACUUUAGAGGGACACCUACGAGCUAUAUUAGGAACUCUUACAGUAGAAGAGGUGUACAAGGACAGAGACCAGUUCGCGGGUCUGGUUCGCGAAGUGGCGGCUCCAGACGUCGGUCGGAUGGGCAUAGAGAUCCUCUCGUUCACGAUCAAGGACGUCUACGAUGACGUGCAAUACUUGGCCAGCUUGGGCAAGGCGCAGACUGCGGUUGUCAAAAGAGACGCGGAUAUUGGAGUAGCACAAGCCAAUAGAGAUGCUGGAAUACGGGAAGCGGAAUGCGAAAAGAACGCCAUGGAUGUGAAAUAUUCAAUGGACACGAGAAUCGAAGAUAACUCUAGGCUAUUCAAGCUGCAGAAAGCUCACUUCGAUCAGGAAGUCAAUACUGCUAAAGCCGAGGCCGCUUUAGCUUACGAAUUGCAAGCUGCGAAAAUUAAACAGAAGAUACGAAACGAAGAGAUUCAGAUCGAGGUCGUUGAGCGUCGCAAACAAAUUGAGGUGGAACAACAAGAGAUUCUACGCCGAGAGGAAGAGUUGAAGUCAACGGUUCGUUUGCCUGCUGAAGCAGAAGCCUACAGACUACAAGCGAUCGCCGAGGGAAAACGUACACAAACAGUCGAGUCAGCCAAGGCAGACGCGGAACGUAUCAAGGUGCUUGGUCUAGCUGAGGCCACAGCUAUUGGGGACGUUGGUAAAGCUGAUGCUGAGAGGAUGUUGGCAAAGGCCAGGGUCUACAGGCAGUAUGGAAAUGCAGCCAUCAUGGCCUUGGUUCUUGAAGCUUUGCCGAAGAUUGCAGCCGAGGUAUCUGCUCCUCUAGCGAAGACAGAUGAAAUAGUCCUCGUUGGAGACAAUGGGGCAACUGGGGAAAUGGCCCGAUUAGCUGGAGGCAUUCCACCCGCAGUACGAACACUUACUGGCCUGGAUAUCAACCAGGUGUUGAAGAGACUUCAUCCGAGUGGACCAGACGCGUCUCCAUUGGCAGCAGCCAGUAAGAAGAAAGAAGUUGCGGCUUGCUAAAACUUUUCGUAUGUCUAAACAGCACAAAGCAUUUUUAUUUAUUUAGUGAUUCUCGUACAAAAUAAUAGCACAGUAUUAAAUACUAUGAUUUCGAAUAUUAUAAUUCCAUUUAUUGUGCUGAGCGUGAAAUUUUAUUUUUAAUUUCUUUCUGUUAAUAUUUUAAAGGUAAAAUAUGAAUCACUAUAAACUCAAAAUAACUUUAUUCAUAUAAGUAAAAAUAUAUGCUUUUUCCUUUCUUGGCCUGCACAGAAAUGUUAUAUUGAUUUUAAAUUUACAUUAUACCAGUUAACAAGUCAAAGGUGUAAAGGCAAGAAGAACUAGCAAGAAACACUCCGCUACUCUUGUUAAUAGAUAAGUUUUGAGUCAUACAAAUUGUUUGUAAGGCAGAGCCAUCCAUAUACGUGAGUAUGUAUUUAUAAUGAAUACUCAAAGUAUUUUUUUACUGUGAAAAUAUCUUAUGUUGAUUCGAUUUAGAAACUUAUAGUAGAUUAAAAAAAAAUAUUUUUUUAUAUAUGAAAAAUUCGAUAACAUUUUUUUGAAUUCACGCUUGGCACACUUAAGCAGUCUUUAAUAGAACAAAUUAUUUUUAUACAAUUUAUAUUCUUAAUAUAUUUUUCUCGUAGCUCUUAGAUACUGUAUAUGAACCAGUAGAUUUUGUACUGUUAUCUAAAGUGUUCUUAAGGCACUGCCUUUAAAAUCGAAUAUUACUAUCACAGUGUGUUUAUGGAUUUUGAAUUGUCCUAGUGCCCGUAACAUAUCAGGCCCGGUAGAUCAGUAUUUGCUGUUGAUAACGAAUUCCGUUUCUACCGAGUCAAAUAAGUGUGAGGCGUUGACGUUGACGUUGAGAAUUAUUUCUUGAAAUAAAGAGGUGUAAUCAGAAACGGCGACGCUGCUCUGUAACUAUAGCCAUAGCAAUAGCGAUCUCAAUAUUGUGGACUUACACUUUGAAAACAUCCCAUUAGCUAAUGCAGGUGACAGAAUAAUGGCGGUUUAAAAAUAUUAGUAGCUUUACUUGACUCAUACUCCGUAAGGGAGUUUCAGGGUCAAGACGCUCUAAGUGUGACCCUUAUGUCAAAAAUUAAUUUUGUCAUACGGAAGACAUAGUUCGGGCUAAGUCUUGACACUGUCUCGACCUGAAGUCCCGUCAGCUCAGAAUAUUCUAUCGAUUAUUUAAAGUACAGAGCCAAUCCUUGCACAGUCUAGCGCCAUUUUAAGUCUGUGUCCCGAAAUGGCGUCGUUAAACGAAAUGGCGUCGCGAAAUUGAUUCUCUCUAUUUCAAUGAAUUUCUACGAUUAGUUGUGUGUUAUUUGUGCCAUAUAUUUAUGAAAUGUGUAAUUUUCGUAAUAAAUUGACUAUAU